CCAUCUCCACCAAUAAGCCCCGCCCGGAUAGAACGGACUUAACUCGUGUCAACAACGAUUAGUAUUAAUUCAUUACACUCGAAUGUUUACGGAGUAAUUUUUUAUAUUGUGUUAUUUUCACAUUCCAUUUAUUACUAAUCAUUUAUUUCAUUUUUAUGAUUUUCAUAAUUAGAAGAAAAAAGGGUGCGGUUUAAUGAACGUGAGUAACAACUUACUCAUUUCGGCUUGUUACUCUUUCUAACUACGUUCUCUAUAUUUUUCAGUAGUAAGUGAUUAUUUAAAUUAAUUAUAAUGGACAUACAUGAAGAUCGUAAUUUGUAUUUGAAUAAUACGUACUUUACAAAACACGAAUACGGUGAUUUUACUCCAUUUUACAUCACCAUCACGAUCUGUUCUUUACUAGGCGGCUUUCUCAUCAUCCUCAACGUCGUUUGCUGUUGGUGUUCACGUUAUCGAGAAUAUUGGCAAGAUAGGCAUACAGGAAACCGUUGGAUACAUUCACUUUGGGUGGUUACUCCUCACAAAAUUCCUCCUUUAGAUUUAUCAGAAUUUAAUUCGAGGAUCGGUCAGAACAUUGUUUACGAAAAAUCUUAUUAUCCUCCAUCUGUAGUUGGUGACGAGGAACUUGCUUAUCCUGAUUCAAGAGUAGAUACUCCACUGCCUCAAGAGUACAUGGAAAUGCAAAAACGAGAAAGCGAUAUUUAAUUUGAUACAAAUUGUAUUAUUU